CCAUAUAUAUUUUUUAUAGACUAAAAGAUCAACGGGUAGCAAGAGUUUACAAACAGGCGAUGUUUAUAUUACAAGGCAUUCAAAUUUAGCACAAGUUCAUGUAAUUUUCCACAUGGUAGUGAACGAUUCGUUGCGAUCUGGCGAUAUCAAUUCGAGACAUCCGGCUAUUUUAGGAUUACGAAAUAUUUUAAAAACUGCUUGCUGUAAUGAUGUGACUACAUUAACUAUCCCUAUACUCCUCGUUCAUGAAAUGUCGGAGGAUAUGACUGUUGCGUGGUGUACAAAAAGAGCAGAACUUGUUUUUAAAUGUGUGAAAGGAUUUAUGAUAGAAAUGGCAUCUUGGGGUGGUGCUGAAUUAAAAAAUCUUCAAUUUCUAGUACCUAAGGGUAUGUCAGAGGAAGUAUUCGGUACUCUAGCCACAAUGUUACCGAGCAUAUUCCGAGUAUCAAAUCCAUUGGUGUUUAAAGCAACGAGUACACCUCAAACCCCAAAAAAGUGAAUGAACUUCUUGUUAUUAUACUUUAUUGUUAUCGUACACGUGUCAAAAAUAUUGAAAUAUUUAUUAUUAUAUAUCACAUAUCAUGGCGGCAAUAAAUCGUCGCAAAUGCCAACACGAUAUGAUCCCGUGAAUAAAUGCCUGACUUUUAA